GCGGUCACCUGAGAACGCUCACUCCCAGUUUAAUAUUUAAACCUCCGCUUCUGCUUUCUGACGACUUUGAGAGAAGAGCUGACUCACUUGCAGGCACAGAGCAGGCCUUGUUCUUUGCUGACCCGCUUUUCACCGAAUCACAGGAGACCCUCUCCAUUUCCGUCCAAAGGAAUGUACUGGACUGGCUGAGGAGCUCAGGAUGUCUCCCGGGAGACGAGGAAUUCAAGAAGAUGGAUGAAGCCUGCAUUAUGGAUGAAAAUCAGCGGGCCUCUUGACUGUCUUGCUGUGGGACUUGUUCUAAUUAUUGGAACAUCGAAGAAUCUUGCAAGACAACUUAAUUGAACCCAUCAACUUGGUUAACAUUUUUCAAAAUUUGUAAAGUCAUUUGAUCUACAGAGUAGUGUACUAAUUUUUUAUCAAGUUUUUGGAUUUUUUAUUGGGAUACAUGUGCUGGAAAAGUUGGAAUGAUGGAGGUUUGACUGAAUUUCUCUCAAUCAUAAAACAGUGUUCUUAAAGGGAAAUUUUGCACAAUGUUAUUUUAGUGCACGCCCCGUUCUCAAGAUGUCAGACCCAAAAGAACUUCAUCAUUUUAGUAGACUGAACGAGAGCCAACGCAAAAGGAGGCCGAUGAUCAGCCUUGGUGAUGACUUGGAUGACCUGCCGCCUCUACCGUUGAACAUGCCAAAUCAGCAAUUUUCAGACGCGUCAUCUGUUUGUCUACGCGAGUAUAAUGUCGACUCCUCUCACACUCCCUCCUGUGUUGAUUUACCGCUCUCCAGCACUCCUCCAGAGGAGCAAAAGGCCAGUAGGAAGCGGCUGAUGCCCAAAGUACUGGAUGAUAUCUUCAAGAGAUGGAAGAAGAUGGGGGGUACCCAUCCAGAGUCGCUAGAAGAGAACUGCCUGUGUGAUGGAGGUGAGCGCACACCACCUCUCAGCCCACUGCUGGACAAGAAGAACCCAAGGAGAGUCAAGCCCAAAGUGAGCUCACAAGCUGAAUCUUUAGGGUCAAGUCAAUCCAAGGAGUGGCCACCGCCCUACACGGACGAGAGGCCGGACAAUUCCAGCUCUCUUUUGACUACCAAAGAAACUUUGAAAGAAACAGAGCGGAUGAGCUGGGAUCCAGCCAAUUAUCAGGCCGAAAUAGAAGCCAUCUACCAGCUGAAGUACUCCUACUUGAAGUCCUGGCCCGGUCUUCUCCGUCUCUUGGCUGGGUUGCAGCUCCUUUUUGGGGCCAUGGUGUUUGCUUGUGUUUGUGCUUACAUUCAGAAAGACAGCCAGUGGUACAACCUUUUUGGUUACACCCCACCUAAUUAUGGGCUGUAUGGCAAUGGUGGGUACUAUUCCUACUAUCGUGGGCCGAUGACCCCAUUUGUGCUUGUGAUCGUAUGCCUCAGCUGGCUGGUGACGGUCAUUUUACUGGUGCUUGGCCUGUCCAUGUACUACAGGACAAUUCUCUUAGAUUCCCACUGGUGGCCCCUCACGGAGUUCAUGAUCAAUCUGGUGAUGUUCCUUUUGUACAUGGCGGCUGGGAUUGUCUACAUGAACGAUCUGAACCGUGGAGGGGCAUGCUACUCCAGCGUGGGUAUCAAUCCCUUGUUAUCCUCAGUCUGCCGGGUGGAGGGAGGCCAGAUGGCUGCUGUGGCCUUUCUUUUCAUCAACCUUUUGAUGUACCUCCUCAGCUCUAUUGUUUGUCUGAAAAUGUGGCACCAUGAGACAUCCAGAAGACACGAGGAUCUGCCAGACAUUCAGCUUCCUCCUUCUCCAGCCAAGACCAAAUCUAAGAGGAUUGUGUUUGAGGAUGAAGUGAACCACGUGGGGACGAUAACCAAGCAGAUUAGUUUCUCAGAGGGCAGAGAAGAUCCCGGAACUCUGAACCAGUCGAUCCCUGCCGGAUACGUGCCUAAGCCACACAUUGUGCCUGACUAUGUUGUGAAGUAUCCAGAAAUCCGUUCUUUGUCGGACCGUGAGCAGUACAAGGCGGUCUUCAAUGACCUCUAUCCCGAAUACAAGGCGCUACACGCAGAGGUGCAAGCAACUCUAAAGAAAUUCACUGAACUCGACGCCAUGCUUGUGAAACUGCCACAAAAAUCCAGGAAUUCGCAGGAAUAUCAGAGAGUUCAAAAAGUGGUGAAGAAGUUUAAAAUAAAAAAGAAUGAUCCCACCUUUCUAGAGAAGAAAGAGCGCUGUGACUAUCUGAAGGACAAGCUCGCUCAUAUUAAGGCGAAAAUCCAGCAGUUCGAUAAGAAAAUGGCUAAUGACGUGGACUAAUGAGCAGCCAAAGAGCUCCUCACCAGCUCACCGCAAUGUCCAGAUGUCAAGUCGCCUGACAGUGAAGGAUGCUGAGAGGGGUUUUUGUUUGGGUUUUUUUUUU